AGAGGGAGUCAUUGAUGUGCGUGUCUGUCACUGAUGACGCUCGUGUGUCUUAAAGGACCAUGAGUGUAAGUUUGAGACAUAUUCUCGGAGUCUGAUGCUUUGCGCCUGUUAUUUAAGAGCUCCGACGUCGUGAUGAACAUACAGAUUAUCAAUAUCGAGAGAAAAUGGAUCGUAUCGAGCAGCCUGAACCUGUAGUCUCUUACGCCGAGGUGAAAUGAGGGUGUAAUUUGUCCAAAAUGUGACAUGGCACAAGCGCAACGGGCUCACGGUUGGACAGCCGAGGUGUCAUUGAUCUGAUCUGAUAUGAUCACUGAUAAAUAACGCGGCGAGAUGGAUCUCCUCUACGUUUUUCCUUGAUGCGCGCGGGAGGCAGGCGGAACUGAGCAGCGCGAACACCGGCCAAUGUACCGGGGGAACGGCGGCGUGAUAGCGGCCCGGCAGCGGCGGCGGCGGCGGCGGUCUUGAGAUCAGUUCCUCCGGGUUUUACGCAGCGAGGCGCGGGGAACGAUGGGCUGCGCUCCCAGCAUCCACGUCUCGCAGAGCGGGGUGAUCUACUGCCGCGACUCGGACGAGUCCAACUCGCCGCACCAGACCACCACCAUCUCGCAGGGCACGGCGACCACCCUGCACGGCCUCUUCAUCAAGACCGACGCGGCGGACACCAUCCCCUCCGUGAUCGCGUACCAGAGCAGGCACACACGGACCAGCUCUCACCGGGAGCGGAAAGAGAACAGCGGCGGACACAUGUGCACAGAGGCCGAGACUCAAACCAGCAGCACCAGCGUCAAGGUGUCUGCUGCAGAAGAGCGUCUGGGGCCGAUGCGACUGACACAGGAGCCCAUUCAGGUGUUACUGGUCUUCGCUAAAGAGGACAGUCAGAGCGAUGCGUUCUGGUGGGCGUGUGAGCGGGCGGGCUUCAGGUGUAACAUCGCACGAACACCUGAGUCUGCGGUGGAGUGUUUCUUGGAUAAACACCACGAGAUCGUCAUCAUUGAUGGGCGGCACUCACGGUACUUUGAGGCUGAAGCCGUCUGCAGGAUGAUUCGAGCGACCAAGCCUUCUGAACACACUGUUAUUUUGGCAGUGAUGCCACAAACUCCCUCAGAUCAGGAGGAACCAUCUGUCCUUCCUCUUCUCUCUGCUGGCUUCUCCAGAAGGUACCUGGAGAACAGCAGUGUGUCGGCCUGCUAUAAUGAGUUAAUCCAAUUAGAACAUGGAGAGGUUCGAGCUCAGUUCAAACUGAGGGCUUGUAACUCUUUGUUUACUGCAUUAGAACAGUGUCAGGAAGCCGUGGAGAUCAGCAGUGAAGAUCAUGUCAUUCAAUAUGUAAAUCCAGCAUUUGAAAAGAUGAUGGGCUAUCAUAGAGGCGAAAUGAUCGGGAAAGAGUUGACUGAACUACCCAAGAGUGACAAGAACAGCGCCGACCUGCUGGACACCAUCAACACCUGCAUCAAGAAAGGAAAGGAAUGGCAGGGGAUCUAUUUCUCACGGAGGAAAUCAGGGGACAGUAUUCAGCAAUAUGUCAGAAUCACUCCUGUGAUUGGCCAGGGAGGAAAAAUUCGCCAUUUCGUGUCCAUCAAGAGGCCUUACAGUGACAACCACAGACAGGUUCAUAAGUUGAGCAAAGAAGACAAAUGCUCUGGUGAACACUCACAAUCAGAGUGCAAUUCCUUGCGUCACAAGGACCGGAGGAAAGAGUCUGUGGACGUCAGAUCUAUCAGCUCUCACAGCAGUGAUGCUCCCAGUCUACAGAAUCGCAGAUAUUCCUCUAUGGCCCGAAUCCACUCCAUGACUAUUGAGGCUCCGAUCACUAAGGUGAUAAAUAUCAUUAACGCAGCACAGGAGAGCAGUCCUGUGACAGUAGCGGAAGCUCUGGAUCGUGUUCUGGAGAUUUUGCGGACCACCGAACUGUACUCACCCCAACUGGCCUCAAAGGAAGACGACCCCCACACCAAUGACCUGGUGGGGGGUCUCAUGAGUGACGGACUCAGAAGGCUCUCUGGGAAUGAGUAUGUCUUCUCCAAAAGUGCUUUACACAAUAUGAGUCAGAGUCAGCUGGCAGUACCUGUGCCAUUAAACGACAUCCCGCCAUCCAUCGCAGAGCUGCUCAACGAGGAGGAACGCUGGGAAUUCAAUAUCCUGGAGCUGGAAGCAGCUACACACAAGAGGCCGCUGUCAUACCUGGGUCUGAAGAUCUUCUCUGCUUUUGGCGUGUGUGAGUUCCUGAACUGCACAGAGGCCACGUUGCGCUCGUGGCUGCAGGUGAUCGAGGCUAAUUACCACGCCUCCAACUCCUACCACAACUCUACACACGCCGCAGACGUUCUGCACGCCACAGCCUACUUCCUGCGCAAGGACAGAGUCAAGGGCAGUCUUGACCAGUUAGAUGAAGUUGCAGCACUAUUGGCAGCCACGGUCCAUGACGUCGAUCACCCGGGCCGUACCAACUCAUUCCUGUGCAAUGCAGGGAGUGAGCUGGCGAUUCUAUACAACGACACAGCCGUCCUGGAGAGCCACCACGCCGCUCUUGCAUUCCAGCUUACUGUACGAGACAGCAAGUGCAACAUCUUCAAAAACAUGGAAAGGACUCAGUUUCGGACCCUACGGCAGGCCAUAAUUGACAUGGUGUUGGCAACAGAAAUGACUCGACACUUUGAACACGUCAAUAAGUUCGUAAACAGCAUCAACAAACCCAUGAGUGCCAUUGAGGAGACGAGCUCCAAUAGUGAAGGCAGUGAUUGUGAGGGACAGGCCAGUAUUCGCAACUCUCCUGAGAAUCGUCUGUUAAUUAAACGGAUGCUGAUUAAAUGUGCCGAUGUUGCCAAUCCCUGCAGACCUCUGGAGCUCUGCAUCGAAUGGGCUGGUCGCAUUUCAGAGGAGUACUUUGCUCAGACUGAUGAGGAGAAAAGACAAGGUUUGCCGGUUGUCAUGCCAGUGUUUGACCGGAAUACCUGCAGUAUUCCUAAAUCCCAGAUCUCAUUUAUCGACUAUUUCAUCACAGACAUGUUUGACGCCUGGGAUGCAUUUGCCAGUUUGCCAGGUCUGAUGGAGCAUCUGGCAGAGAACUACAAAUACUGGAAGCACUUGGAUGAGAUGAAAUGUAAAAGCCUGCGGCCUCCGCCUCUUCCGUGAACCCUCGUGACCCCCUUACCCUCGAGGUCAAAGAUCAGAGGUUGAAUGUAGCAUCUCUGCCGGGCCUCAAAGAUUCCAUCCACUGAACACAGAUCAGCAGCCCUGUUUUUCCGACGACGCUCCACCCCUAGCGACAAUCGCCCGGUAACAAGGGUAAAACACAAACAAACGACAAAAUGAAUGCACUUUAUCAGCAUACAGUCCUCUUCCAGCAUCUUUUCACUUUCUUCUCUUCUCUUUUUUUAAAUCCUCUGUGUUCUUUCAGCUGUUUUUAAUGAUUUCUGGACGGAGAUUUUUUUUUAUGUCUGACGCAAGAAGAUAAAGACUGAUCUUAGUCCAGCAGAGGACUGUAUAUACUAUAUGCGCUAAACUAUGGGAUAUACACUGGGACUGAAACGUGUAUGCUCAGAGAGGUCUGUAACUAUACACAUGCACAUAUAAUAUUAACAGACAUGUGGGAUCGUAGAUCCAAAAUGCCAAAAGGGCUUUAUUUGGACUCUGAAGCAGUUAUAAGGAGGAAAACUGUGUGUCAGUGGGACUAAACUACUUUGGAAACCACAAAGGACCCAGUAGGGAGCCCUGAGGCACUCCCUUCAGUCCUGCCACAUCUUCCCCCUUAUUAAUUUGAUCAAAUUCAAUGCAGAUGGAAUAUUUUGACAGAAUAUUGUCGAGAGAAACUAAUGUCAGGUUGCCAAACCGGAAGAACUGAAGACGUGCUUGUAUCCGGACAAUGAAUUGGUAUUGACCAGCACUGAAAACGAUUCAGUGUGUGAGAAUGUAAAAACUGCAACGGAUCAGCCCGCUGCGGGCUGUCAUUAUUCCAGCAUUUUCUGUAUCAGAACAACUCAAGCCUUUCUCAGACUCCAAGGACUGGUGUGUAAUAAUCAAUCAUUUUGAUAUAAAUAGCCAAUAAUAACAAAGAAUAUAUUUCUCAGAAACACUGUAUAUCCAGACACAUACUGUAAUAACGUGAAGCUUGAUGAUGCGUGUGUGUGAGCGAGAGAACGAGUGUAUGAUAUGAUUUGCUUAGUGUUAAAUGUAUUUUACACAUGGCAGUUAACAUUCCUACUUCACGCAAUGGUCCGUACGGAUGCAACAUUCCCUAAUCUGUGUGUAAACCUAAACUCCAGCACAGCCUCAUGACGAGACCACUGACACGUUUGCUCAUGCUGACUGGUGAACUCACACGUAUUAUAAGUGUUACACCAUUUUUAAGUAUUAUUUAUUUACAAAAUGAGCUCGGCUGUAUAUCGCUUUCCUAAUCGCGGGUCUGCUUUUACCAUAGACACACAUCGCCGACAAGCUUCAAGCGUUCACCUUUUGUAGGCCAAAAAGCAUCCAGUGCCAAAGGUGCGUUUAUAAUCAAGCACGAUGAUGAGUUUUAAACAGAUGUUUGGCUGAAGCCGUUCCGACUGAAAAAAAGAACUAGUUUAGAUUUCUCGAAAUCAGUCACGCUGACCGAUUGGUGAGAAGUUUGUUUUUUUAACCCGUAUGUUUUUAUUAAGCGUAGCUGUUAGUGUCAUGGCACCUCAUUUUUGCCGCAUUGGCUAACAGACAGGCUCAGUAGGAAUUCAUUAAAUGUUUAUAACUCAGUUGACGUUCAGCCUUUUACUCUUUACACAUUGCGUAGAUGUGAUUGGAAAGAAUCUCUUGAGAGCGACCGUUCUAGUUCUAGAACUCACCAGCACGACACCACCGAGAGUGUUCCGACUGUGAUGACAUCAUAAUGACAUCAACAGUUCUGAUUCUACAAUGCCCUUGUAAGAUGGCAGCAGCUGUUUUUGUUGUUCUUCGGUUGGCAGUGCAUCACAGUGACUGUUUUUAAGCGCUUGUGAAGUUAAAGGCAUGCGGUGCACAUUCAGCAGCUCGCAGGGUUUUGAUUUUCCUCUUUCCUGUUCUCUCAUCCUUCCUGAUUCUAUCUGUUUCCCUCCCUUUUUUCUUGUUGCUUUAAUGUGGUCACAAGGGUAGAACAGUGGUUUUGGUAGCACUUUUGAAGCCUGUAUAUGUAAUGUAUUAUAUAAAGUAUUCUGAAUGCAUGAUAUAUCAGUAGGUAUUGCCCAAUAUUUAAAUUUUUUUAAAUCAUUAGUAUUGUUCUAACUCAGACAAUAUUUUUUUUUUAGCAGAUUUUUUAGGGAUUAUUUUUUACAAUUAAUGAAAAAAACGUUUUUGUGUGAGUAAAAUGUUUCAGUGUAACCACUGGUAUACGAUUUAACAUAUGAAAUUGGGUUAUGAUUAUGAAUUUUUAAGGCAUUAUACUUUUUAAAGGCAUAGCUGUAAUUAGGCAUUGUAAUGUAUUGCAGUUACAAGAACCUACAACUGAUGUAUAUUAUAUAAAUGCAUUAAGAAUUCUUUUAUAAUAUACUAUAUAUGCAUGCUUAAUAGAUAUUAUAGUUUUCUUUCACCCUUUUUUUUUUAUUUACAGCUCUACAGAUAUUAAUGCUGCAGUACAAAUUAUGCCGAAUGCUCUUGUCACCAUCUAGUGGUAAAUCUAAAGAACCGUACACAUUAUUUGAAGGGAUAGUUCACUCAUAAAUUAAAAUUUUAUUUAUUCACCCUCAAGUUGUUGCAAACCUGUAUGAAUUUAUUUCAUUUGCUGAACAUGAAAGAAUGUAUUUUUUUGGAAUGCAUGUAACCAAACAGUUGAUGGUCCCCAUUGACUUCCAUAUUAUUUUUUUCCAUACAAUUGAAGUCAAUAGGGACCAACUUGAGGGUGAGUAAAUGAUGAGUUUUGGGUGAACUAUCCCUUUAAGUGCACGUACUUGCAUUUUGCGUAACUAUGAGCUUGUAUUUGUUUAUUUCUUAGGAAAAAUUGCUUUGUUGAUUUUUUUUUAAUAGCAUUAUAAUCAUGUUCCCUGAGGUCCUUGUGAUCUGUAACCAAGAAAAAUACAACAAACAAAGUUUCUCAUGACACUACCAGUCAAAUGCUUGGACACACUUGAACUUGUCCAAACUUUUGACUGGUAGAGUACACAAAAGUGCUCCCUUUAACGGACAGGACAUGCUUUCAUUUAUUGUGUAAUGGUAAAUUUUAUUCAUGUAUAUGUUCAGGGUAUAAUAUUAGUGGUUAGCUGUAUGUCACUGGCAGUUUCGACAUCCUGUAGUGCGAAAUCAAAUAACAUGCUUAAAAUGAAAUUCACUCAGUGAACAAAGAAUCAUCUCAGGCGAGUCUUGAUCUGGUGUGAUUCUGGGUUUGGAGCCGACAGAGAUAAGCCAUAGAACAUUCUAGAACUAAUAAUGGAAGUGUAGGUCAGAAGAUGAUGUAUCUAUUCCCUCUUUUCCUGUCCUCCACCCCGCUCAUCCUCUCUCUUCCUGACUCCUGUAGGCCUGCAUUAUCCUGCUCUGUAACAAAACAUUUCAUUGCAUUGUCACACACAGGCUUUAUAGGUAAUUUAAAGUACAAAAUGUACCCAGGGAAUGUCCCUUUUUAAGCUCAGAUGUUUUGACUAUGAAUUUAUAUGGACUCUUUUACAGAUAUUAUACUAUGUAGAGUUUAGAGAGCAUAUUCAGGUUCAUGCCUUAAUCUCUGUUAUAGACACGCGGUGGGUUAAACCGGUCCUCGUUCACUCAGCACUGAUGAUGAGAUUCUACAGCAGAUUUAAAAUAUGACGUGACCAUGUGAUCCAUUGUAAUAUUAACAUGAGGAUUAUUAGUUGUUCCGGAGGUUAUUGAUAAUUUAGUUACUGUUUAUUGUUGAAUGUUUAGUGAUGAUGUGCGUAAAGUUUCAGUACAUGUUUUAUCAACAGUAUUUGGGGCGUAAUUUUGAUUACAAUAGAAAAUUAUUUUGACUCAUCCCUCUGUAUUUAUUUUUUAUUUUUUAUUUUUUUUUAAAGAAAAGCAAAUAUCGCAGAUACAGUGGUGUACUUAAAAGUUACAAAGGGUUUAAAAUAGGGAUGCGCCGAUAUGAACAUUUUGGCCGAUAAUUUUUUAUAUUUGAAAGCCGAUAAC